UACCACCACAAUUACUACUUACCUAUUACCCAAUAUUGCAAUUUUCAGUCUUUUUUAAAGCACAGUGCCCUACACUGAUAGGAUAAACCGUCCUGUAUAAAAGGAGCGUGAAGGUUACCCAAUCUUGACCAUCCUUUGAGUCAGCAUGAAGGAGACAGGCAGGAAACAAGGGGCACCAUCGCCUUGUGCUGCCUGCAAGCUUCUUAGAAGACGGUGUGCCCAAGAUUGUGUCUUUGCCCCUUACUUCCCAGCCGAUGAGCCACAGAAGUUUGCUAAUGUCCACAAGGUGUUUGGUGCUAGUAAUGUCAACAAGAUGUUACAGGAAUUACCAGCACACCAACGCGGCGAUGCUGUCAGUAGCAUGGUUUACGAAGCGAAUGCAAGGGUGCGAGACCCUGUUUAUGGUUGUGUGGGUGCCAUUUCAUCCCUACAACAACAGAUUGAUGUCCUCCAAACCCAAUUGGCCCUAGCACAGGCUGAGGUGGUUCACAUGAAAAUGCACCAGGCAGCAACGACAUCGAAUCUCGCUGGUAAUUCGAGUGAUUGUGCUUCGCCAUCCUCCAAGUUAAUUAACCAACACACCAAGUCUUUCUUUGCUUUGGAUAUGGUUGAUCAGGCCAACUUAGGGGAGUCCUUGUGGUCAUGCUAGCAUUGGAGCAUGUCUUCUUUCUAUACUACUAUUGGUUUUUUUUUUCUUUCCUUUUUUUGUGGCUUGCCUCCUAUUACUUGUUAUACCCUUUUCUUUCUCAUCCCCUGUUCUCCUAUACAUCCUUACAAUACAUCUCCUUGUGACAGUGAUCCUAUUACUAUCAUAUAACCAUAUUGUAAAUAUAUUUAACUUAUGGGUAUGAGUUAUUACAUAGCUAUUGUAAGUGAA